UUUAAGUGAUAUAUUUCUACUCGGCUAUUGGAACAGCAAGAGUAGAACGUCAUGUCCGGUGUAGACAGAAUAAAAUUGAACAGAAACAUGAUUGGUCCAUAAUCAAAAUUAUCAAGAUUCAAGCUUUGAACAUGGCGUUGAGAUCGAUCUGCCGGCUGUCAAUUGGUUCGACCUUCAGCCAUUUGAGUCAUUUUGGAGCCACCGCCCGGUCGAGACGAUCGUCUUUUGCGUUGCUUGCCCGAAAUCUUUCCACUCAAGUAGAAAAAAUGGAUUUACCUCGUGUUUUCUUCGAUAUCACAGCUGAUGAUAAACCUGUGGGUCGCAUCGUGAUGGAGUUGCGAAGCGAUGUUGUCCCAAAAACAGCAGAGAAUUUCCGAGUUCUGUGUGUUGGUCAGUAUGGUCUUGGCUAUACAGGAAGCAGUUUUCAUCGAGUAAUUCCAAAUUUCAUGUGCCAAGGAGGUGAUUUUACCAAUCAUAAUGGCACUGGUGGAAGGUCUAUCUAUGGUGUCAAAUUUAAUGAUGAAAAUUUCACAUUGAAGCAUACUGAACCUGGUAUUCUUUCUAUGGCUAAUGCUGGUCCAAAUACUAAUGGUAGUCAGUUCUUUAUUACUUGUGCCAAAACCAGUUGGCUUGAUGGAAAACAUGUUGUAUUUGGAAAAGUUAUUGAAGGAAUGGAUGUUGUUAGAAAAAUGGAAGGAAUGGGAAGUCAAAGUGGAAAGACUACCAAAAAGAUUGUAAUAGUUAAGUCUGGACAACUGUAGAUACUCCAAGUAGAUACUCCAAUGACUGCAUUUUUAUUUAGUUGUUACAUACAACUGUUGCUGUCUUUAUUGUAUAACUCAUUCAUUUUAAUCAUCUUCAUUUUUUCUUAAUAUUGUGGAUUUAGUUUUAUAUUAAAAAAGGUGUAACUACUUCAAAGUAGAAUCAAAAAGUUACAUACAUUGUACUAUUUUUUAUCACAAAUAAUUGAAGUUGGAAAAUGCAA